AUGCUGCGAUUCAUGGGGUCGCAAAGAGUCGGACACGAAUGAGCCACUGAACUGAAGUGAAAACAUCCCGAAACACUUACGGGACACACUUAAAUCUGGGCAUAAACUUGGCUACGUUGCCCUCGCCUACUUGCAGGCCUUCGAACCCGCCACCAGGCUCUACAUAACGGCUGGAGAGGAGAACGAAAGCCACCUGUGCAGCAGGAGCUCAUACGGAGUCACCAGCGCUGAGUGGGCCCUGGAAGGCUAAGAAACGCGCAGUGCGAACGGCUUACAUCCAAAUCCAUGCCUGCAGGCAUCUCAAAAUUCAGUUCUUCCUCGUCACGCGGUUUCCAAAAAAGUGAUGAAUGGUCUCUGAAAUACAGCUUCCCACACUAUCCAGCGAGGUCUGGAAGAAGCCCUUCCUGCAGAGGCCGGAAGGAAACCCCAGCGUCUGCUUUUGCGCAAGCGUAAACCGACUUCUCCCACAAGCCUCCUCGGCUCGGAAGCGGUGGGAGGGGCAUCCUCUGCGCAUGCGCCCGGCUCCGGGCUGUCAUGCGCACGCGUCAUUCCUUACGCAGCUGUUUGGAGCGUCGGCGGCAGAAGAAGCAGCGAGGAAAAAGUGAAGUGGUCCAAGCUGUGCUGCUGAACCAGCGGAUAUCGUUGUUUAAAAACGAUCCAGAGAUUAGUCACUAAAAGACCUUUUUUUUUUGUUUUUGAGUCAGAUGUUUUUUAUCUUCAUUUUGCUGUAUACAAAGCCAAAAUACGGACUGCUUGGUUCAAGACCGGACAUCUAGCCAACCUACCGACUUCGAGUUUCAGAGUCAUGACUACACAACAGUCAGGAAAUACGAAAGCAGAGCCGGCUCUCCCUUCAUCUGCCAAUCAGAGCGAGCCAGUGUCUGAAAAACCAAACUACGCUCUGAAAUUCACUCUGGAGGGACACACGGAAGCAGUAUCGUCAGUUAAGUUUAGUCCUAAUGGAGAAUGGCUAGCAAGUUCUUCUGCUGAUAAAGUAAUUAUAAUUUGGGGAGCCUAUGAUGGAAAAUAUGAGAAAACACUUAAAGGACACAAUCUUGAAAUAUCAGAUGUUGCCUGGUCAUCAGAUUCCAGUCGUCUUGUUUCUGCCUCAGAUGAUAAAACUCUAAAAAUUUGGGAUGUGAGAUCUGGAAAAUGUUUGAAAACACUUAAGGGGCACAGUAAUUACGUUUUUUGCUGUAAUUUCAAUCCACCGUCCAACCUCAUCAUUUCAGGAUCUUUUGAUGAAAGCGUGAAAAUAUGGGAGGUGAGAACAGGCAAGUGCCUUAAGACUUUGUCAGCUCAUUCUGACCCAGUUUCUGCUGUUCAUUUUAAUUGUAGUGGGUCCUUGAUAGUAUCAGGUAGCUAUGAUGGUGUCUGUCGAAUCUGGGAUGCUGCAUCAGGUCAGUGUUUAAAAGCACUUGUUGAUGAUGAUAACCCUCCUGUCUCUUUUGUAAAAUUUUCUCCAAAUGGUAAAUACAUUCUCAUUGCAACUUUGGACAAUACUCUUAAACUAUGGGAUUACAGCAGAGGCAGAUGCCUGAAGACAUAUACUGGUCACAAGAAUGAGAAAUACUGUGUAUUUGCCAGUUUUUCAGUUACUGGUGGAAAAUGGAUUGUCUCUGGUUCAGAGGAUAACCUGGUAUACAUUUGGAACCUUCAAACUAAGGAGAUUGUACAGAAAUUACAAGGUCAUACAGAUGUGGUAAUCUCAGCAGAUUGUCAUCCUACAGAAAACAUCAUUGCUUCAGCAGCAUUAGGAAAUGACAAAACAGUUAAAUUGUGGACGAGUACUUACUAAACCCUUUAGAAAUCAAGUGGUAGAGUCAAACUGGCCAAAAAGAGGCUUCAUUUAACCUAGAUCAAACUGUGGUGUUGGAGAAGACUCUUGAGAAUCCCUUGGACUGCAAGGAGAUCCAACCAAUCCAUCCUA